UCGCCCAGGAAGCGGCCCGCCGCCGGCGCCGGCGGCGGACCCGUCAUACGUAUGACGCGCGCCCAGGCCCUGCUGCUGGAGAAGAAGAAGCAAGAGGAGGCAGACUUCAAGAAAAAGGAGAUACGGGGCCGGUCGCUCUCGCGGAAACGAAGAGACGCUGAUCGGGACUCGGGUGUGGACGAAGGAAAGGAUGUCGACCAAUCAGUUUCCCCUCAGAAGAGCCGCUCUCCGACCAAACGCGUCCAGCCGGCCACAUCUCAAGAGAAGCAAAAAAAAGUACCCAUGAACAAGGUGCAAGUGGGGACAGCUGCUUCGCCGAACAUAAAGAACGUCAAAUCUCGCAUCGGGUCUCUGGCAAAUUCAAGCUACAAACCCGGUGGAGGGAACAUCAAAAUCGAAAGCCACAAAAUCGACGUGAGCAAGGCCUCGACAAAAAUCCAGGCGAAGUCUAGCUACAAACCCGGUGGUGGCACCAAAAAGAUCGAGUCAAGGAAGCUGGAGUGGAAGUCGGAGUCGAAGGUCGGCUCCAUGGGCAACACGAACUACAAGCCGGGCGGCGGCAAUGUCAAGGUCAGCAACCAGAAGCUGGAGUUCAAGGAGCGCGCUGCACCCAAGGUCGGCUCGCGGGACAACAUGCAGCACAAACCGGGCGGCGGCGAUGUCAAGGUUGAAUCCAUCAAAAUUGACAUGUCCGCGGUGGGCAGUAGAAUUGGCUCGCUGGAUAACGUGAAACACAAGCCGCAAGGUGGCGACAAGAAAAUCUUCAACGACACUGAGUACAUUCGCCAGAUUAGCUCUGGCUCUGGCGAGGGCCGUAGCAGGCGCAAGUCUCAGGCCAGCUCGAUAGAUGACGCCACGGAACCGAGCACGGGUCCGUCUUCGCCAACAAAAUCUCCCAACAAAUCUCCAGCAAAGUCUCCGUCUUCACCCGCGCAGCCAGAUAACCCGAAAUCUCCCGAAGCUGAUACCAAGCCACCGCAGCCUGAAGACUCGUCCCAAUCUGCGGAGGCCACAUCCCCGGCGGAGGAGACCAAGUCCCCAGAAUCCGACGCCAAGUCUCCGAACCCUGAGGCCAAGUCCCCAGAAUCCGAGGGCAAGUCCCCAGAUUCCGGGGCCAAGUCCCCAGAUGCGGAGGCCAAGUCGCCCGCUCUCGAGGCCUAGAUGUGCUGCCGCGCGCGUUCCGUCAGUCCGCGGCUCCCCACGCACCGGCUACCGGCGCGGCUCGCUUGCACGCACCUGCCCGGCUUCGCUGCGCGGAGGAGGGGGAAGGGGGGGGGGACGUUCGGUCGACGUCCGGCGGGCACCUCCGGCCCCGGCGCCAGCCGAGCUCGCCGUCGUUCGCUGUGUUCGUGUGCGUGCGCGUGGGUGUGCAGGUGUAGGCUGCGCUGGCUGGCUGACUCGCUCGCCGCGCUCGGGCGGCUCGCGAGGCGUCGCUCGCUCCCGUCGGCCCUCCGAUGGGUGGCUGGAGCGCCAGCGAGGUGGCGCCGAGUGUCGGGCCGGGCCGGCACGCCGGCUCGGGCUGUGACGUUCCCCGCCGGUCGCGGUCGGCCAGUGAUACCGCCGCCGCCGGAGACUCGCGCUUCUGGUCUUGUUUUAGUCUUUAGAUGUGGAGGCCGGUUGCCGCUGCCAGGCUGGAAAUGAGAAUGCGAUGCGCGUAUGGGUGGCUCUCGAAGGAACGGCUUGGAAGGAUGGCGGCUGUUGCUGCAUGCCGUUUAUAUUGGAUACUUCUCUUAAGCUUUCCAUUGAACACAUGCUGCCGUUUAAAUGCAGACUAUAUUGCAUGCCGCGUAAAAUUUUAGACUAAUAUUGUAGAAGGCCGCUAUUCUGUUAAAUGUUCCAGCACUGCGUAGUUUAUUUUCGAAUGUCUGUUUACGACGUUUACUGGAAACUCAGCAGUUUUUUGGAAGGCUAAAUAUGAACAUAUUUGGCAGGCCGGAUGGCUAGCUGCGGCUUUCAACGCCUCGGUGCUCGUUGUUCUGUUCACCUCUGGUGGUGUAGCACUGAAUAAAA